CCCGGGUUGGUGCAGCAGUUUACUGCAGUAAACAAUCCACCCAGGAAUGUCGUCACUUCAGAAAUAGAACAUGCAUUGUUUUUUUUCGUAUGUUAAACUGAGUAUUAGUUGCAUUCAUUUGUUGUACUACAGUAUGCAUGAGUAGCCUAGUCUUACCCUGACGCAGUUUGUUUAUCGCCGACCUCUGAAAUCAGCUGAUUCUGACAUGCCAUGCCGAUGCCGAUGUUGCAAAACAUGUCAUUGAGAAAACACAGGACUGAGCCACAACAAAACAUAGUGUGACAUAUGUUUUAUGGUACGUCGUGAACAUGCAAGACGAAUCGGAUUCAAAGUCAGUGUCAAGCUGGAACUGGUGGCCUUCAUGGCGUCCAACUUCUACACAUCAGCUAAGGAAUGCAGAGACAAAGAUCCUAGACUGUGUGCAGAAUGACCUGUGGGCCCGCUUUGUCUCGCUUCCUACUCAGGACAAAAUCUGGACAGUAUCAGUGACUCACAAGACUCCCCAAGCUCCUCCUAAUCCUGCCUCUCAGAGACCACUGGUGAUGGUGCAUGGGCUAUGUGGCGGUGUGGGCUUGUGGAUCCGUAACCUAGACCCCCUGUGUCGCUCUCGUCCUGUCCUGGUCUUUGACUUGCUGGGUUUCGGGCGUAGCUCCCACCCCCGCUUCCCAACAGACCCCUCACAGGCGGAGCAGCUCUCCGUCGACUCCAUAGAGCACUGGAGACAGGCCUUGGGUCUGGAAAGCAUGAUACUAUUGGGUCACAGUCUGGGUGGCUACCUGGCGACAUCUUAUGCCAUUCAGCAUCCAAAGAGGGUGAAGCACCUCAUCCUUGUAGACCCUUGGGGCUUUGAGCACAUACCGGAGGAUGGCCCAGCUGCAGCGAGGCCUGGAUGUCCUUACUGGGUGGAGGGUCUCAUCUCCGUGGCCUCCCGCUUUAACCCACUGGCAGGGAUCAGAGCUGCAGGGCCUUGGGGGCCAAAACUUAUCCACAGAUUCAGACCUGACAUUAAGAGCAAGUUUGAAGACAUGUUUGAUGACCAGACUAUGACGCAGUACAUAUAUCACUGCAAUGCCCAGAACCCAAGUGGGGAGGUGGGUUUCAGGAUAAUGUCUGAGUCGAUGCUUUGGGCGAAGCGUCCAAUGUUAGACCGGGUUCAUCUCCUGCCCGCAGGCCUCCCAGUGACCCUAAUCUAUGGAGCCCGCUCUUGGAUGGACAGUAAGACUGGCAACGAGGUGGCCAAACGGAGACCCACGAGCUACACACAAACAGUGGUGGUGAAAGGGGCAUCACAUCAUGUCUAUGCUGAUCAGCCUGAAGAGUUCAACAGAGUGGUGCAGAGUAUCUGUGACAGUGUGGUGGAUUAAGUGCCUAGUGUGAGUGAGGUUUUAUGUGUGUGUGUAGGAGAGACAAAGAGGUUUUGUGUGUGUGUGUGUGUGUGUGAGAGAGAGGGAGAGAGAGAGAAGAAAGUUAGACCAUCAUGUUGUGUUCUUUCUCAUGUAAUUUACUGUUUCACCUAGACUGCCAAAUAUAAUUUAUCUUUUUAAUAAAGUAAACGUAUCAGUG